AAAAAAGGGAGGGGGCCAAGGGGGGAUCAGUCAUCAGGAUAGUGGGACUUGCAGCCUGGGCAGCUCAAAGCUCCAAAAAUGUGUGCUGCCUCUGCGAUUGCAAAAUUAAAGCCAGCCACCACCAGGAGCAACAGAUCCACAGCAGCCCACCCAUCUCUGGGGCUCCCUGUACUUCCCAACUAAAUGCCUGGAGUUCAGACUGGUUUCUGCAGCUGGGUGCUUCCCUGGAAGCUGCCCCCAUAGAGACACUCCAGUUCCCAAGCUGAGCAGGAGGAAGAUGGACCCGUUGCUCUGGCUGUGGAUCGCAGCUUUUCUGGGGGUGAGCCAGGGCUGCCCGGAGCCCUGCUCCUGUGUGGACAAAUACGCCCAUCAGUUCGCAGACUGCGCUUACAAAGAUCUGCAGGCGGUCCCCGUGGGGCUGCCCUCCAACGUGACCACCCUCAGCCUGUCCGCCAACAAGAUCACCUCCCUGCAGAAGAGCUCCUUCGUGGAGGUCACCCAGGUCACCUCGCUGUGGCUGGCUCACAACGAGAUCAGCGCCAUAGAGCAGGGCACCUUCGCCAUCCUGGUGCAGCUGAAGAACCUGGACAUCAGUCGCAACCAGAUCGUAGACUUCCCCUGGGGGGAUCUGUACAACCUCAGCGCCCUGCAGCUGCUCAAGAUGAACAACAACCACAUGGUGAAGCUGCCCUGGGAGGCCUUCCACACCCUGAAAGACCUGAGGUCCCUGCGCAUAAACAACAACAAGUUCACCACCAUCGCCGAGGGCACUUUCGAUUCGCUGACUUCCCUGUCUCACUUGCAGAUCUACAACAACCCCUUCAACUGCACCUGCAGGCUCCUGUGGCUGAAGAGCUGGGCUGAGAACACCCUGAUCUCCAUCCCCGAGAAGGACUCCAUCAGCUGUGCAGCCCCGGACAGCCUCCGAGGUGUCCCACUGGGGAGAAUCCCAGACCUGCAGUGCGCGCCUCCCUCCGUGCAGCUGACCUACCACCCCAACCUGGACAACACCGAGCUCUACGACGGCUUCACGCUCCUGCUGCACUGCAGAGUCAGGGGCAGCCCCCAGCCGGAGGUCAGCUGGAAGGUGCAAACCGCCAGCCAAGCCCUGGAGAUAAAGGGGCCCGGCGUGGAGAGGGCUGGGAACGAGCUACCCGCUGGCAGCUCCAAGCAGAGUGCAGAGCGCUUCGUGGUCUACGGGAACGGCACCCUGGUCAUCCCUCACCUGAGCAAGCGAGAGGAAGGGACCUACACCUGCCUGGCCACCAACGAGCUGGGCAGCAACCAGACCUCGGUCAACGUGGCUGUGGCCGGUGCCCAGAAAUACCCCGCCCGCCCCAUGGAGGAUCCCCUGGCAGGCAAAGCGCAGCCGGGGGAGAGGAAGCCGGGCCCCAAGGGCUCCAAGAACAGCGUCCUCAGCCCCGAAGAGAGGCCCAAACCCCUCAGCCCCACCCGGCACAGCUCCCACUCGCCGUGGCUGGAACAGGUCCCCUCCAAGCGGCCCCCCUUCGAGAAGAAUUGCGGCUCCAGCGCGGACACCCAGUACGUCUCCAACCAUGCCUUCAACCAGAGUGGCCAGCUGAAGCAGCACACCUUCGACCUGGGCGUCAUCGCGCUGGACGUGUCGGAGAACGAGGCCAAGGUGCAGCUCACCCCCUUCUACGGACAACCGGAAAAAGCCCACCUGCGGGCGCUCUACCUGUGCGCGGAGAGCGGCCACGGCCACUCCAUGGUGCAGUGGUCCAGGAUCGAGGAAGGUGUGAACUCCUACUGGUUCCAGGGCUUGACCCCCGGCACCAACUACUCGGUCUGCCUGACUUACCUGGGGGAGGAUUGCCAGGUGCAAGUGGUCUUCACCACCAAGAAGGAGAUCCCCUCCCUCAUCAUCAUCGUGGUGGUCAGCAUCUUCCUGCUGGCCCUGGCCACCGUCCCCCUGCUGGGGGCCACCUGCUGCCACUUGCUCGCCAAGUAUCAGGGCAAAACCUACAAACUCAUCAUGAAGGCCCAGAACCCAGACCAGAUGGAGAAGCACAUGGCGGCCGACUUCGACCCGCGGGCCUCUUACCUGGAGUCGGAGAAGAACUACAACCCAAGUGAGCCAGGAGAAGGUGAGGCAGAGCGGGAGGCGGAGGGGCAGAGGGAGCUGGAGCGAGACGAGAGCCUGGUGGCCGAAUCCAUCGCCGAGUCCCAAUCCAAAACCAAUCCAGAGGAGUUUGAGGUGGGGUCCGAAUACAGCGACAGGCUGCCCCUUGGGGCCGAGGCUGUGAACAUCUCCCAAGAGAUCAAUGGGAACUACAGGCAGCCAGCUCGCUGAUCCGACCCCUGGCCACCCCCCAGCCACUGCCCCAACCUGUAUAUUGUAUAAUACAGUAAGAUACAAACUCGAUGGGGGACCUGAGCCAUUCACUGGUUGAUCAGCUACAUCCUUCCAUAGACACUUCUGCCAACAGCCCAGCGUGCGGGAAACCCAACAGAAUUCAGAUUCCAACCUGUUUUUUCUGGCCUCACUAAGUACUUCAGGGUGGGGUCGAGUUUUUAAACAAAAUAAGUGGAAUGAAUUGGCCUUUAAAAAAGUAUUUAACACACUAUUUGAAAUACAAAGUUUAAAAAAAAAACACCAUCUGCUCCCAACAUAUUAAUCCUAAACGGAGGCUGUGGUCUUUUUUAAAAGCUAUGUUGGUUUGUUACAAUUAAAAUACAAUGGAUUGACUAUUUCUCCCUCUUUUACAUAAGAAAAUCUGAAGAUAUCCUGAGUUAAUUUAAUCAAGGCCAGUUGUCAAUUUCAAGCGUGAGUGUUGUCAAUUUCAGCAAGUUUUUGUGCUGGACAGCUCCCAUCCCCGUCCAAUGCAAACAGCUGUGCCCUUCCCACGCUGGGAUGUACAAAUCCCUGUAUGGGGAGGAUGGGCGAGUGGGUAACUGAAACCCACUCCGGUCCUGACAAUCCGAUCAAAGAUACGCAAGGUGAUCUAGCGCGUCACCUGUACCUAGACAGUGUUAAUAGAGCCGUGCUGUAGAAUUUGAGAUGUGUGUGUGACUUGGUCCUAUCUUAACUUGUGGGUGCUUCUCAUUUCUUUAGAGGGAGGGGAAGAAGUGUGGAAAUAACCCCACCUCUAAUCUUUGUUGUCCCUUUUUCCCAAACCUUCUGGGAGGCAUGUGACUCACUGAGAUUUCCUAGAUGUUUAUUGAAUAGAGUAGCGUGCUUAUAGAGAAAUGUAUGUACCCUUGAUGUGAGUCUGUGAUGUUUAAAGGGGAACGGGAAAUGAUAGGUAACUUUUGCCGUGGAAUUGAGAAAAAUCUGAAAUGUAUAUGCAGCAGGUGCAUCUGUGAGUUUUUUAUUUUUUGCCUCUGUAUUAAAAAAGCACCAAAAAUCAAAAUGAAAUCAGCACAACUGUCCCCAAGGCGCAGAAAGAUUGUUAAUUGAUGGUUAAAUACUUUCAAAAGCAACCUUAAAAACAAAACAAACCGUAACCUUUUCUAAGCGCUUAUGUAUGUGAAGAGUCAAUAAAACAGAUUUAAAAUGGA